UUCGUGCUUGGCACAACGCACCAACGGAUUCGUGCGUUAAUUUUGUGGAUUUUACAACAAAUUUGCGUGUGUGGGGUGAAUGGCGCAGCAAAAAUGUAGAAAAUGUAAUCAACUUCACUUCACAAUGUCAACGAAAAACAGCGCUUACCGCUAGCAGGGUACAAAAACACAGUAUGAGGCGUGUUUACAAAAACAAUAUACAUACAUACAAACAAAGAGCACAACAACGUCCAACAGUUAUAAAGGAAUUUAUACGCCAAGCAAGCAGUCAACCGCCCAAACCAUUGAUAGCGGCUGGCUACACGGCGCGCUUUGCCGCUAAUUCCACUUUUCGGUUUUCGCCUGUCGACAUUUAUUCGCUCCUUUUGUCACACGCGCUCUAGCACAAUUCCUUUUGCCUUUUGCAUUAUUCGUUCAAUUUUCGUUAUUUAGGGUGGAAAAUGUGCCACUGACCGUACCACAACAAUUCCGAAUUGUCCCUGCAACUGACGACGAGUAGACGCGAGCGUCCAUACAUGUAAAGUGGUGGCGUACACAAAACGCUCGCAGUCGCAAAAGGUUAUUACACGGGCAGGAGGCGCUGUGUGUGCGUGCGAGAGAAAAACAACCGAAGAUGUAAAUGAAAAGUGAAAAUGACAAAAUUGUGUGUGCGGAAAAUUGUUUAGCAGAAAAAUCCGAUAAUAUAAAUAUUGCAAAAUUGUUACUAGUGCUUUAUACUAGAACAACUUUAAAUAAUUUCACUUUCCUUUACGUUUUUAACGGCGUUUGUAUGUGUAGGUUAAAAAAUUAUGACAGUUCGAAAAUUUGUGGGUUAACAAGUGAAAAGUGAAAGAAAAAAGAAAUGGCAUAAUAAUGAGGUGUUUACCACACGAAUCAGCAACUGCCAAUAGCUGUGCCAGCAAAAAAUUACCAUAAACAUAUUCGAGAUUUUGUAAAUAUUAACUUCGUGCUGCUGCCUGCAGUCAGCAACACACAUUUUUUUCUUCAACUCAAACACGCGAGUAUACGCCCAGUUCAAGCGAGAAGUUGCUGUCACACAGCCAGCCAACGUUGCGGGCGCUGCCGCUGCAGCAUCUCUUUAGUUGGCUGAAAAGCAGGCCAAUUGCUUUGGCAAACAGCAAACGGCAAGGAAAACACACACAAACAACAACAACGCCAAACACACGCUUGGAAAAUGCAUUCCGUGAACGUAUAUGAAAGUGAGGAUGAGCGACGCCAUGGUCAUGAUGACACACGCGAAUUGCAGAACUUGGAUUGGCCCUUCUUGAUUAAGGGCAUCCUAGAGAGUCCAUCAUGCACAACAACAACACCGGACACUAUGGCCGCGUUGCUGUGGACAAUUACCGCCGUGUUUGGUAUCGUUUAUGCGCUGCUCGGCUAUCGCUGUCUACGCGCAGUAGGUUUCCUAAGCGGUCUGAUGGUCGGCGCCAACGCUGUUUUCAUGCUGCAGGACUUCCAAGUAACACUACUCGGCAAACCGGCCGAUUCGGCUUUAGCCAUCGUGGCGGGCUUGCUUGGUGCCGUAAUUGGCUCGACAUAUCCGGUAGCAUCGAUACUGAUUAGCGCAUUUGCGGGCGCGCUGCUCGCUGGUGCCGCGAUGGCAGUAUGCGUGGCCACAAUGCCAGACAAUGACUUUGGCUACCGCGAAAUUUAUGUUGCUAUCGCGGGUGGCGCUGUCAUUUGCUCGGUGCUGACAUUCUGCUGCGCCAAAUAUGUGACAAUACUAACAUCGAGUAUCGUUGGCAGCGCGAUGAUAAUAACAGCUAUCGAUUUUUUUAUGCACAACCUAGACACGAUAAAUUGGAUUUUGAACAUGAAACCGAAUCCGCUGCCGCCACCCUGCUACGGCGGCAUUUUGAUAUGCGCCUGGCCGGUGGCGAUCAUCAUUAGCAUCAUGGUGCAAUGUUUCAUCACUGCCUGGCGCGUGGAUCAUAGCAAGCGUGUCUAUCUGCGGCAUCAUCACCAACAGAUGGCGCGCUGUGGUCCAGCUGGCUUGCCGACGAAUCGCAUGAGCGGACGACCGCGGGAAACGCGCGAGGAGGCAAGUCAACGCAAGUACCGUUAUCUGUAUCAGGUGCGCACAGCGCGCGGCGAUAUUAUUUCACAGAAUUUCGUGUCCGCAUUGCAGAAGCGCAUACAAUUGGGCGGCACGGAAACGCCAUCGGAACGCUCGAUUAAGACGAGCUCAAACGAACGCAAUACAUUUCGCAGCGAUCGCACACACUUCACCACCAUACCCGAUUCCGAGAUGUGCGAUAAAAUCGAAAUUGUGCGUGAUCUAGGAUAACAAACAAGCAACAGUUAUAUGUAAGCAACGAAUAUAUGCGUACGGAAAAGGAAACGAAAAAACCGGAAAUACAUGCAUAGGUGAAGUGAAGUGGUAGCAUGAGGGUGUGUGCGCGAGAAAGAAUCGUAAUAAAGCUUGCUUGUGGUUAUCCUAAGAAUCGCGUAUGUGUGUGCGUGUGCGACGAUCGUUGUGCGUGUAUGCGUGUAUAACGGGAAUAUAUUGCCAACUACUGCUGCUAAGUGAUAAAAAUGCAAGGUUGCAUUUGUGAGCGUGUAAAUAGUACUUGUCAGAAGAAGCUUAAUGUAUGUAACAAUAAUAUGGAGUUGAGUAGGCGACGUAUACAUUCAUGGAAAUGUAUGAAAGUGAUAAGUAAUUUAAAAUUUGUUGGUUUCGCGCGCUAAAUUAAAGUAUGUUAACAAAAAAUACAAGCGAAAAUGUCCAAAUUAAAUACUGGCGAAAAACACUAAAUUUUGUAAAUUUGACGAGUGAAAUGCUGAAUACUUAGAAAACUUAAGAAACUAAAUAUGUUUGGGAGAAUUUUGAAGGUAUAACGCCAAAAAAACU